UGGAGAAGUUUCAGUACAAAAUGCUCCUCCAUUAAUGGCGGCUGUGGCUGUGGCUCCCACAAGCAUUACAAUUCUCUGUAUUUGGCAUCUCUCUCUCUCUCUAGAACGCGUAUGAACGGUUGAUGCUGCUAAAUUUUCUGCUCUUUUCUUUGUAAUGUCUGUGAUCGGUGCAUGUAAUGUCUAUGAUCGGUACUUGUAUUGUCUAUGAUCGUUUCCGCCAUGCUUAGCUACUCCUCUUCCUUCCCCUUCCGCCGUACCCUUCAGAUUUUUCUCCUCUUCGCUGCCAUUUCUCUCUCGUGCGUUGUUGUUCUAAGAGAAGUCGACUCCCUUCGCGACUUCCCUCUCUUCUCCUUGACUACUUUCUCUGAUUCUUCUCCUGUUUCGUUAUUCCUCCCUUCCCUCGAUGAUGACUACAACGAGCCUUUUUCGGACACUGAUGAGUUUGGACUGGACAAUGUCUUAAAGGAUGCUGCGACAGAAGACAGAACUGUUAUUUUAACCACUUUAAAUCAAGCAUGGGCAUCUCCAAAUUCAGUCAUUGAUCUCUUUCUCGAAAGCUUUAGAAUUGGAAAUCGAACUCACCAACUGUUAAACCACUUGGUUAUUAUUGCAUUGGAUAAAAAGGCAUUUGUUCGCUGUUUGGAUAUCCAUAUUCAUUGCUUUGCUCUUGUCACUGAAGGAGUUGAUUUUCAUUCAGAGGCACAUUUUAUGACACCUGACUAUUUGAAGAUGAUGUGGAGAAGGAUUGAUUUUCUGCGAACUGUUCUUGAGAUAGGGUACAAUUUUGUUUUUACGGAUGCUGAUGUUAUGUGGUUCAGAGAUCCAUUCCCAUUCUUUGAUAUGAAUGCAGAUUUCCAGAUUGCUUGUGAUCAAUACCUAGGAAUCCCUGAUGAUUUAAGCAACAGGCCGAAUGGGGGAUUUAACUAUGUGAAGUCCAAUAAUCGUUCGAUUGAGUUUUACAAGUACUGGUACUCAUCGCGGGAAACUUAUCCGAAAUACCAUGAUCAGGAUGUUCUUAAUAAGAUCAAAUACGAACCUUUCAUCGAUGACAUUGGGCUGAAGAUUAGAUUCUUGGAUACUGCUUAUUUUGGUGGGUUCUGUGAACCCAGCAAAGAUUUGAACCGUGUAUUAACCAUGCAUGCAAACUGCUGUGUUGGAAUGAAAAGUAAGCUUCAUGAUCUUAGAAUUAUGCUUGAGGAUUGGAAACGAUACAUGUCUAUGCCACCAUAUGUUAAAGGAUCAUCAAUUUCAGUUUGGAGAGUUCCUCAGAACUGCAGGUAUGGAAACCAUUUCUAGCUCUUAAACGAUUUUAGGAGUGACUAGU